GUCCCCCCAGAGGAGCCCGGCAGCUGUCGGCCUCCAGAGCUGGCUGCGGUUCCUGGAGCUUCCCAACUCCUGGACUGGAGCUGACUACCAGUGGCCGGCAGACUGCAGAAAACUAGAGGAGACGGCAGGCGUCUAGGGGCCAGGCCGGGCCGCAGAACCUGAGCGUCUAUGGUGAGGGGCCGCGCCGGGCCUGGGAGGCUUCCCGGCUGCAGUCGUCGCGGGCCUCGGGCCCGGGCCUCAUCAUGCCCGGCGUGAAGCUGACCACCCAGGCCUACUGCAAGAUGGUGCUGCACGGGGCCAAGUAUCCCCAUUGCGCCGUCAACGGGUUGCUGGUGGCCGAGAAGCAGAAGCCCCGCAAGGAGCAGCCGGCGCACGGCGGCCUCCAUCCGCACCAGACCCUCUUCGUGGAUUGUAUCCCCCUCUUCCACGGCACGCUGGCGCUGGCCCCCAUGCUCGAGGUGGCCCUCACCUUGAUUGAUUCAUGGUGCAAAGAUAAUAGCUAUGUGAUUGCUGGUUAUUAUCAAGCUAAUGAACGUGUAAAGGAUGCCAGUCCAAAUCAGGUUGCUGAGAAGGUAGCCUCCAGAAUUGCAGAGGGCUUCAAUGACACUGCACUCAUCAUGGUAGACAACACGAAGUUUACAAUGGAGUGCAUAGAGCCUACCAUUCAUGUGUAUGAGCAUCAUGAAAACAAAUGGCGGUGCAGAGAUCCACACUAUGAUUAUUGUGAAGACUGGCCGGAAGCCCAGAGGAUCUCAGCAUCUCUCUUGGACAGCAGGUCCUAUGAAACUCUUGUGGAUUUUGAUAACCACCUGGACGACAUCCGAAAUGAUUGGACAAAUCCAGAGAUCAAUAAAGCUGUUCUACAUCUAUGUUAGGAAGGGAUUCCACUGACUGAUUUAUGGGCAUUUCCACUACACUGAAGAGGAAAAAAGAAAUAUUUUUAGAUGUAAAUAGAAUAAUAUCUCAUACCUUGUGUGGAAAGGCAACAGUUUUAAGAAAUGGCAUGUGGCUCAAAAGAGACAAUGUGUCUAAAUGGUCAUCUUUUUAAAACAGAUCUCCAGAGGAGAUAUAAAUUGUCAAGUCUAGCUGUCCCUGUGGAUUCUUUCCCAGAUGUAUGUUGCUCUAACCUUCAAAAUCAAAGCUAUUUCUGCUUGUCCAAGAUUGUUCCUAUUAAACGAUUUUAACUAACCUUUUAUAAUCUUCAGAGAAUACUUUUUAAGACUUAUGAACUAUCUUUCCAAAAACAACAAAUCUUAUCCUUUAAUGAGUAUUUUGGAGAGUUUUAUUUCUGAGUCCAUACUGUAAAUACAGUCUUAGGACUAGGUCUGAAAAUCUACAACAGAUACCUUAGUACCAAAUCGACUACCCCUAACAAUUACUUGUGCAAGUAGGGCAUUUCUGUUAGAGCAGUUGAGUCUAUUUGGGGUUAUAAGACUGUACUACUUAAAGCAAUAUUGUACUCAAAAAACCACAGUGGAAUAAAACUUCUGUUGUCUAGUUAACUUUUGUAGCAGAAACAAAGGCUGUGUCACAAGAGUUUGGCUUGGAACACACACAGCAUCAUAGUCUCAAUCAAGCAGAAAACUCUAAAAUCCAGAAAAUAGAGGAAGGGGAAACAGGAUUGUGCUAGGAUUCGACACAGUCUCUGCUUUUUGGAAAAUAGGAAUCAUUCCUAAUUUUUGACUCACUUGCAUGAUUAUCCAAAUAGUUCUAAAAGAUGUCUUCAAAAUAAUUGCCAUUGCUUUUAUAUUUAGAGCAAAAACUCUUCAGUUCAUAAAGCUGAACAAGAGAAUGAAUGUAUCUUUUUUUAUCGGUACCUUUGGUGGUUUCUAACAAAAUCUUACAAAAGGGAUGGGAAACUUUAUAGCACCGUUGCAUUUGUUGUUCCUUUUUCUAUUAAUUAUUUUGUACAGUGUUCCGUGUACUGUACUUUUCCUACUGUCUCUUUCCUCUUGCUACAUUGAGAAAACUUGUAACAAUUGACUGAAUCUAACAAUCCUGAAAACAGUUUAUAAUAUUCAGUAUUUUCAGUACUCUCUAUUCGGACCAUCAUAUUCAUGGAGUUAUAACUCCUCAUGGAGUUAUAGAUUUAGACCUGGACAGGAUCUUAGGAAUCUGUUAGUCCAUGAGGAAACUGGGGCUUGGGAAGGUUAAGCCACUUGUAAAGGUCCCAUGGAUAGCAAGUGGCAAAUCCAGCUCCUUGGACCUAACUCCAAUGGUUUUUUCUAUGCACCAUGCACCAUGCUCUUGCAGAUAUUAUUUCCUCCUCUUCCCUUUCCUCUGUUUCCUUCACUCAGCUUUUUCAUUCCACAAACAAUAAUUUCUAUACAGUGCAUUAUGGUUAAAGCCCUCCGCAGGCAUAAUCUUUGAGAUUCACAGCUCCCUGUGAGGUCAGCAAACCAGGUAAUAUGACCUCAAUUAAUAAAUGAAGAAACACUCUCAAAUUGCUGGGAUGGUUUAUUUACCCAUAUUCACACAAAGUUAUUAAGUGUAGCAAAGUCAGGACUCAAACCUGAUCUCUUGACUCCUUGUCCAGUGUUCUUUCCAUUACACCAUGCUACCUCUCUAAAGCCAUGAAAUAAACAUUUCAUGUGGGGAACAAAUAUAAAAUUUCUGGACACAAAUAAAAGGAAGUUCUAUCAGUGAACUUAAUCUUUGCACUCCCUUGCACUUGGAUGCCAAGAAUACCACAAGUGAGAUAUAUUAGAUGAAUCUGUUCCUAGUGGAAUUGUUUGUUUCAAAAAGGAAAAAAAAAUCACCAUGUAAAACUUUGUUCUUUAGGGGCCUAGAAUAGCAAGCAGUGUGUUAUAGAGGUCAAGGCUAAAAUGAAUUGACAGACGCGUGUUUUAACCAUUUUUGUUUUGGCUUGAGACUUGUUUUGAAGGCAUUUAUAUAAAAGCAAAUGUGCUCUUUUGCACAUUUUGAAAAAGAAAAAUAAAAAUGUUAAUAUUUUCCCCUGAGGGUCCAUAUGUUAAAAAGUAAAUAGAAAAGAUAUAAAUUAUAAGAAUGCAAAGGAACAAAAACAAUAAAAGGUUUGACUUUUAUAUUUGCCCCUACAAAGACAAAAAAAGAAACACUAAAGAGUUGUAUAGUUGAUGAUAAUACCUCUACUGUUCUUGAAUGAUAUAGAAAAAAGAAAUAGAACUUUCUUGGAACUUGGAAAAAUUGUCUUGUAGCAAUUAGAAGUGUCUUAAGAAUAGAAUAAGCAACUGGAGGGUAGUAUCACCACAGGUGUUUGAUCAGAGACCAAUUGAUCAUGUUCAGCAUCCUGAAAGGGAUGAAUGACAUAAAUGAGGAGAUAGAUUUGUUCUAAGGGAAAGAGCCCCAGCUUGGGAUUCCAGAGCCUCAAGAUGGCUCUUAACUAACUUAAUGAUCCAGGACAAAACUCUCUGAAUAUCCUGGCCUCAGUUUGGCACAUUUGUCAAAUAGCAAGUAUUGGACUAGAUAGCUUGAGGCCUUUUCCAUCUCUACCACUGAUUUGGUGAAGCCUCUAAAAUCUCUUCCAACCCAGAUCCUGUGAUUUUCCUAACAAAUAAGAUGGGUUCUGUUCGGAAUAGAGCUCUGCAAUUGUAUAGUUGAGAAGUCUGUGGUUUUACUCUCUGGAAAUAAUUUUCCAGCUAUUUUGUCUAUUUUAGGGCUGCCUCAGCUAUUUCUUUUUGCAUAAUUAGCUUUGAUUUGACUUAUAGCUUUACUUUUCAAAUAGAUUAAUAGUCUUGCGGAAAAACUGUCUCUAAAUGCAAUUUCUAAAUUUAUUACUUAGACUUUUUUGCUUUGCUCUUUAAAAAGCAACUUAAUUUGCUUUUGAAAAUACAAUCCCUCUUAUUUGAGCUCCUGAAGUCAUAAUCUUUUAUGGCAUCAGAACUUUUACUGUGGCGGCUUUUUGUGACAUGGGGUAAAGAAAAUGCAAAAAAUGGCAAAAUUGCAUGGAUUCAUGGGUGGAUAAACAGAUCCUCAGAUGUUAUUCAUGAUUAUAUGAAAGGGAGUUAGCUUAAAUUUCCAGUUUAGUAAUUCACAUUUCUUGAGGCUCUCUGUCAAAUCUUACUCCCUUUUAAGUACCACAAAACAUUUUUAGUAAAAACAAAACUGGCAGAAAAUGCUGCAUAUGUUACACUUGCCAAAUCCUCGGUGUGUAUGUAUGUGUGUGUGUUGUGAUUUGUUACCUUAACCAAACCUCAUUUCCGUACCCUUUCAGAAGCCAAAGGAUGCCUUUUUUAAUCUUCAAGAUUUUGACUUGUUCCUUCUUCAAAGUUUGAUUGUUACUUUGAAAUCUAUGUGAAAUGUAAUCAAGCAUUAUUUCUUGGAAAUAGAGGUUGAGUGUUUGAAAUUCUUGUUCCUUAGAACUAUAUGGUAAAAAGAAAACUCCUAGAAGGGUGCAUUUUCAUGAUGCCCAGAGUGAAAUCCUACUAUAGAUAAUAUCAGAUUUACCAAUGAAAUGAAAUGUAGAGCUAUUAAGUCACAUUGCCAUAUGCUCAUCAGUAUUUGGCAUUGUCUUUACAUUCCUGCAAAAGUAAAAGGGAACUUUUAAGCUGAGCCGUGGAUGAUCUUUGGAAGAUGCUUGCAUUGCUGUGCAAGAAACCUUCAACUUGGACUUUUGUUAACAUCUUGUAAUUCAAAAAAUGUGCCCCUCUGUACAGUGAAGUCCAUUAUUUAACAAUACAAAGCUGUGUAACAAUAAAUAAUUUUGUUCCCUUGA